AUGACCGUCAUGAGAUUCACCCUUAGCGAAGAGGGUGUCAGUGCCUUAAGGGAUGCGCUGGCUUGUCUCAGCAAAUUCAGUGAAGAAGUGUCACUUGAGGCCAAGCGAGACAGGCUGGUGUUCACGGCCAUCAACUUGUCAAAGUCAGCAUAUGCCUCUUUCGCAUUUGCAUCCCACCGUUUCUUCUCCAAGUACCAGUACGAGGGCAUAGCACAGCAUCGCGACAAGUUCUUCUGCAAGCUGUACAACCGAGCCCUGCUAUCCUUGUUCCGCAACAGGAGUGGCGAUCCCCUCCACGACAGAGAGAGGGAUACCACCAUUGAGCGCUGCGAUGUCGCCAUCAUCGACGAGGCCGGCAAGAAGAGUAGAUUCAUUGCCAAAAUCGUGUUUCGAAAUGGCAUCACGACCAAGUACCAACUCCCUUUCGAAGUCAGUCCGCCCGUCCAUGCCAAGUUCGAGGGGGAUCAAGCUACGAACAGCUGGUCCAUCUCAUCGCGAACCUUGCGCCAGCUCAUGGACCACUUCGGCCCCGGCAUAGAUUACCUGGACAUCCACUCCGAAGAUGAUCAGGUUGUUAACUUCACCUGCUUCACCGAGAAAGUGGCAAAUGGUGAAGAGGUCUUAAAGAAGCCCCUGCAUACUUCGAUUGCGGUAGAGCGAGACGAGUUCGAGAGGUUCACAGUCGAGGAGGACAAGCUCCAUAUUGUCAUCAGUGUCAAGGACUUCAGGGCCAUCAUCCAACAUGCAGCGCUCCUUGGCAGUGAAGUUUCCGCCUCUUACUCUAUGCCGUCCAAGCCAAUGCAGCUCAAGUACGAUGGCGACGGAGUCAAGUGCGAGUUCCUGCUCAUGACAGUGGGAGAACGCGGCGCUCCCGGUCAAAAGGGUAAGAAGACGCGAGGCGGUGCGAAGGCACCCACGGGGCCGCAGCUCGAGGCUACCACGAGUAGAGCGAAUUCACAUGCCCCUACGCCCGCUCCUCAACCAACACCUCAGCCGCAGCCACGGCGUCAAGAUCAAAUGCCAUCCCUAAGACCACCCAUCACGCGUCCCACCCAACGUCCACCUCCGGCCACCCUCGAGUCCGAAUCGCUUUUUGUGCCACAGGACAAUGACGACCAAUGGGCACCCGUUGGGGACAAUGAAGACGAAGACGAGGAAGAGAAUGACCGCUUAGGAUGGGAUGCUAGUGGUGAUCCUGAACCAAGUGCGAUGAAAAUGAGGUCCAUGAUGAGCAAUCCAUCUGGUGUACGGCCGCGAAUCGAAGACGGGACGAACGACAACCCAUCCCAAUUCGAACCGACACAACGACUUUCGGAUGUCCGCAAAUUUGGGCUAUUUGGCGAUUAG